CGAUGAAUUAAUGUCGAAAAAAGUUGGAUCGCGGAAGCGUUUGAACUCGACAAGUACUGAUUUUGACUCUCUGUUGCCGAAGUGGCCUUGUGUUGAGCCGUAUUCCUUAACUGACCCCCUUGGGUUGGAAAAAGUGAAGAAAGAUGUGGAAGGGAGCGAGAAGAGAAACAAGACGAACGAGUCUGGACGGCCGAAGAGGAGGAGGAACAGUUCCUUCUCACAUGGCAGCAAAAGGGUGAAGUCGAAGUCAGCUGAGAAGUCGCGAAACACAGAUGAUGAAGAGGCAGCAAAGCACAGCACAUCUUCAUCCUCGAAAAAGUACAAAAGGAGAAAAUCGCAGAGCGCAGAAAAAAGAAGUGCUCAAAAUGUCUCCAGCCUCCUCGAGUCAAGACCGACCUUAGAUCGAUUCCAGUACGGAAACUACAAAAAUAUUAACACUGCAGUAUCAAUUGACAUUAUAGAGCAAAGAAUGAAGAUUUUUAGAAGGUUCCGACGUUUAUUCGAGAGUAGAUCAGUGCUUGAUGUUGGCUGCGGAACUGGCGAUCUCCUACGUGCAUUAUCAUCUCUCGGGUGCUCACGACUCCUAGGAGUUGACAGGGACUCCUCAUUGAUUCGCUCGGCCAACAAUGCGUCGCAGAAAUUUCUCAAGCAAAAUUCAAGUGUCAAUUUGUCAUUUAAGGUCCACAAUUUUGUACCUCCGAGUAGCUACGAUACUUCAAAGUAUUACCCGCCGACGUUACUGGAUUCACAGGCGGCCGAGUAUGAUUGUGUAAUGAUGCUCUCAGUUUGCAAGUGGAUCCAUCUGACAUACGGUGAUUCCGGCAUUAAAACGUGCUUUAACAAAGUGCAUCGACUCUUGAAAAGAGGCGGUGCAUUUAUUCUGGAACCGCAAAUGUGGCCUUCAUAUAAAGAUAGUAGAAAAAUAAAUGACGCAAUGUUCCGCAAUUUCAAUUCCAUUGAAUUAUUUCCGAAUAAAUUUCCCAAGUUUCUAAUAGACAGUUGCCAGUUUUCUUCCUACCAUCUCAUCGGGGACAUUGAGAAGCGAAAAAAGAAGUGGAAGGGUAAAAAAGAGGAAAAGACGAAGACGCCGGCAACUACGACUUACAAGAGACCUGUCUUUGUUUUCUAUAAGCUGUAGUAUAGAAAUGGAAAGAUUGAUUAUUUAAUACAGUUUUAGGUUACAGAAUAAAGUCUUCUUUCU